ACUUUGAGACUCUGCACUGAGGGGCCCCGAGGUGACAGCGCGGGCUGCACGGCGGGCGGGGACCCGGGAGAGGAGGCGAGAGCAGUCGCGGCCGGCUGCAGAGGCGCCACCAGCGCCGCUCGGAAGGGAGACCGCCUGCUGUCGCCGCGCGCGCACCGGACGACCCGAGUGGCAGUCCGCAGGCAUGGGUCGCUGGUCGCUAGAGUCGCUGCUGCUGGCAUCUUUCAGCGUCCAGGGCCUGGCCCUCGCGGUGACCCUGCUCAUCCUGGUCCAGUGCCUGCGUGCCCGGCGCACCAGGAGACCUGGUGAACCUCCCUUGAUUAAAGGCUGGAUUCCUUACAUUGGACAGGCUCUGAAAAUACAAAAAGAUCCCUUUGGUUUCUUUAAAACUCUUCAAAGCCAACAUGGUGACAUUUUCACUCUUCUCAUUGCUGGAAAGUAUAUAACAUUUAUCUUGGAUCCUUUCCAGUUCCAGAUAGUGGAGAAAAAUUACAAACAAUUAAAUUUUCAUGUAUUUACUGGUAGAGUUUUAUCAAAAGUAUUUUUAAUCAAACAGUUGAUAUACAACGAUUCUAUGAACCAUGACAUCCACCUCUGCUACCAGUGUCUACAAGGGAAGUCUUUGGACACGCUCGUAGAAAAGAUGAUACAGAAUUUGAAGCAAGAUUUUGGACCCCAACUAUCAAAAAACACAAGUUGGACUACAGCACAUAUGUUUUCAUUCUGCACAUCGCUAAUAUUUGAGAUCACAUUUUCAACCAUAUAUGGAAAAAGACUUGAUGGCAAUAAGAAAAUAAUUACUGAAAUAAGAGACGAUUUUAUAAAAUUUAAUGACAAGUUUUCUUAUUUAUUAUCAGACAUACCCCAUGAGUUUCUAGGAAAUAUCAAGUCUAUUCGAAAGAAACUUAUAAAAAGUUUGACAUCAGAAAACAUAUCUAAGAUGCAUGGAGGGUCAGAAAUUCUUCAAAUGAGGCAAAAUGUCCUAGAGAAAUACUAUUCACUUGAGGACACUGAAAUAGGAGCACAUCAUUUAGGCUUUCUCUGGGCCUCCGUGGCAAACACUGCUCCAACUAUGUUCUGGGCAAUGUAUUAUGUUCUACAGCACCCAGAAGCUAUGGCAGUGCUGCGUGACGAAAUUGACCAUUUGCUGCAGUCAACAGGUUACAAGAAAGGUUCUGAAUUUUCCAUCCACCUCACCAGAGAACAAUUGGACAGCCUGAUCUACCUAGAAAGCACCAUCCUGGAGACUUUACGACUCUGCUCACUUUCAAGCAUCAUUCGUUCUGUUCAAGAAGAUACGAUUCUGAAUUUUGAGACCAGAAAGUACAGUUUGCGAAAGGGAGACCUGGUAGCUAUCUUUCCUCAGUUCAUGCACUAUGACCCCGAAAUCUUUGACGCUCCAGAGGAGUUUAGAUUUGAUCGUUUUGUAGAAGAUGGUAAGAAGAAAACCACCUUUUUCAAAAGAGGGAGAAAACUGCGAUAUUACCUGUUACCAUUUGGAUUUGGGAUCAGCAAAUGUCCAGGCAGAUAUGUGGCAAUCAAUGAGUUAAAGCUGAUGUUGAUUGUAUUUUUAACUUAUCUUGACUUAGAAAUAAUUAGUACUGAACCUGUAGCACUGAGCCACAAACGCUUUUUUCUUGGUAUUGAGCAUCCAAGUUUUGAUGUUCUAUUUAGGUAUAAACUAAAAUCUUAAAGAGGUUAAAUGGGGGGAAAAUAUAUAUAUAUGUAUAUAUAUACAUAUAUAUCUCCUCUACUUAUCAACUUGUUUUUAUUUUCUGUAAAUGUUUAUUUUUUUGUUGGUUUGUUUUAAAAAAAUGUCCAUUUCUUUUUAGAUCCAGAGACAACUGUAGUGGUUACUGGAGGGAAAGGGGAAGAGGGUGAAGGAAUAAGCAGAUGGGAUUUUUUUUUAUGGUAUUAUGUCACUGAAACUUUACUAGUGUCAGGGGAGUGGUAAUAGUACAUAGAGAUAUAAAUAAAGCUAACACCCCGAAAUUCUACCAUAUUGUAAACCAAUAGUAAGUCAAUAAAAAAUUAAUAAUAAUCAAGAAAAAGUGUCAUUUUUUACUUGAUCUAGUAUCACUCUAGUUUAUACUUGGUUACAGAACUAAUAUAAAACAAGUAAUAUGAAAUAUACAUCAAAAUCAAGAUAACAAUAAGCUUAAAUUAGCUUUCCUGGUUUCUACCUAUUGUGAAUUCCACUUGUAAUAGUAAAUGUAUCUUAUAGUAAUAGACUUGGUAAUAUGGAAUUUCUUUUAUCAUCAUUCAAAUUCUUCCCUAAUAUGUGUAAAUGUAAAGUUUAUGUACAACUGUAAAUUUGUACUGAAAUGGGCUCAAUCUAACAUAUUUUAAAUUCUCAGAGAAAGCAUUCAAGUUUUUUUGAGAUAGGCUAAAAGAAAAUGUACCCUUCAAGUAUAUCAAUAAUACCUACAUUGCAAGGCUACAUUGCAUUAAAUUAGUUUUGCAGUAGAUUAAAUACUUUAAUUUUAAUAUUUAAUCAUUCAUAAAUUUGUAUUAUCGCUGGAGCCAUAGCACAGCAGUAGGGCAUUUGCCUUGCAUGCAGCCAAUCUGGGUUCGAUUCCUCUACCCCUCUCAGACAGCCUGGCAAGCUACUGAGAGUAUCUUGCCCAAACGGCAGAGCCUGGCGAGCUAUCCAUGGCAUAUUCAAUAUGCCAAAAACAGUAACAAGUCUCACAAUGGAGAUGUUACUGGUGCCCGCUUGAGCAAAUCGAUGAGCAAUGGGAUUACUGUGACAGUGACAUUCAUAAAUUUGUAUACUAUGGUUCAAUAGAAAAAAAUUUCUGUUAUAACUCAUGUUGAAAUUAGUUACUGAUAAGGAUUUAAUGUAUAACACAUGAAACCUGUUAUAUAUCCAGAAAUUGUUUAGAUAUUUGGAUUUGGAUUAUUAUAAGAGCAAAUGUAGAAGUAGAAAUCACAGUAGAAUUGAUUGUAGCAUUUGAGUUUAGCAUAAUCUAAAGGCUUCAGUCAGUAUUCUAAUUAGGUCUUUCCUAAAUGCUCUCAGUUUUGUAAACAGAAACUAGAUAGCAAUAUUUGUUCUUAAUGUCCCACCUUGGGGUUUGUUUUACUUGGAUUUAUUUUAAAUUUUGUUUGUUUUCUUUGGUCCACACCCAUGAGUUCUCAGUGUUGACUCCUGGCUCUGCACUUAGGUAUCACUCUGGCAAUGCUGGGGGCUGAGGUGGGGGGUGCAUAUGGGUAUCAGGAAUUGAAUCUGACCCAGCCAUGUACAAGAGAAGUGCCCUACCUCCCAUACUAUUGCUCAGACCCCUUACUUGCGAUAUUUUUAGUUACAGCCUUAUGUGAUAGCAACAAUUUAAUAUGCCACAAACAAGUUUUGUGUCAUUGAUUCCUCAAUGCCUGCUAUUACCGAAGGAUUGCCUGACUUCUGACAUGAAUGAUGAUGCCAUAUGUAAAGACAAAGCAAGAAAUAAAAUCCAGAUCACUUAUGCCUUAUUGAUUGGAACCUCCUAUAUUUUAGAAAUGUGCUACUGUUCUUAAAAAGUGAUAGUUUUAAAAUAACAGAAUGAAACAAAGUAAUAAGAAAAUGAUUUCCUAGAAUUUGUUUUCUCAUCACUGAUGUACAUUAUCCUUUAGUUAAGACCCAUUAAUCUAAAUUUUGUUUUGAUUGGCGGCCAGAGAUACAGCUGAUAAGAGGGUCUCUUGCUUGCCCAAGUGACAGGCAGGUGUAAUACCUGAACGCAGAGCCAGAAGUAAAGCCCUAACCACAGCCUUGUGUGGCCCCAAAACAAACAAAAAAAAAACAAGAAAAAAUAAACCUGUUUUGUUUAGUGAAGAUAUGUUCAUUUUUAUUAUUAUCUUGUGUGUGCUUAUUUGGGGGGCAUUUGUUUAUUUGAGGGCCGCAUACAGAGAUGCUCAGGCAUUACUCCUUGCUCUGCACUUAGAAAUCACUUUAGGUGAGGCUGAGAGGCCAUAGUGGAUUGGGGCAGUUGAACCUGGGUUGGCAGUGUGCAAGGCCAGUGCGUACACUAUUGCUCUGACCCUUUACAAGCAUUCUUAAACAGUAUUUUGCUAGGCACAGAUACUAGAUUUACAGUACUUCCUCAAGACACUCUGAAGAUCUUCCUUGGCCUGAAGCCUUCCAUUGUGUUUCUCAGGAAGUUAGCCCUCAGUGGGUUUAAUCAUUUAGUAUGCUGUAUGCUUCCUAUCUCUGACUGCUUUAACGUGAUCCCUGUCUUUGAUGUUCUUCAGCGUCUAUUUGUCAUGCACACCUGUCAUGGUGCUUUUUUUUGUCUAAAAACGUUAUCUUUCACUAGUUAUGGGAUAUCCUCAGCCAUUAUGUCUCUGAAUAUUGGGUCCUCAGAUGUAGACACAGAGUUAGACUCUCUUUCUAUAUGUGCCAUCUUGUUUGAUUUUUUUCUUCCCAUGAUUUCUCUAAUUUGCAUGCUAUGUAAUUUCUUUAGAACCCUCUUCCAGUUUAUUCUUACUAGAGUUGUUUUUUUUUGUAUUGAAUCACAGUGAUAUACACAGCUACAAUAAUGUUCAUGAUUGGGUUUCAGUUAUAUAUCGUUCCAACACCCACCCCUUUCACAGUGUCAUUACACAUUACAGUAUUUCUUUUUUUUUUUUUGCUCUUUGGGUCACACCUGGCGAUGCACAGGGGUUACUCCUGGCUCUGCACUCAGGAAUUACCCCUGGCGGUGCUCAGGGAACUAUAUGGGAUGCUGGGAUUCGAACCCAGGUUGGAUUCAAACCCGGGUUGGCCGCGUGCAAGGCAAACGCCCUACCCGCUGUGCUAUCACUCUAGCCCCCAUUCCAGUAUUUCUAUUCUUUAAUUUACCCAUAUAGUUUGUUUCUUUAUUCUUUAAUUCUCAAUGUCAGGUUCAAUAGGAUUGACUGAUCCUAUUGGACCAGUCCUUAUAACUAGAGGCUAUAAGGACCAUAGCCCCUAGUUAAUGGUUAGGUUGGUAUUCCAAGCAGCUCUUUCCUAAAUGCUCCUAAUUUUGUAAACAGAAACUAGAUGGCAAUAUUUGUUCUUAAUAGUUCACCUUUUGGACUUGGAAUUUAUUUUUAAUAUAAAAAUAUAUAAUUUAUCCUAGAAAAGCCUGUCUGGAUUUAUUUACAUACUUUUUUUUAUCUCUAAUACUACCCCCACCACAUCCCUCAGAAUAGGUAUUUUAAUGUGCCUUGUGUGUACCUUUAUUUGUAUUCUCCCUGCCCUUUGUUUUGAGGACAGACCCAGAGGUGCUCACAGGUUGCUUCCGGCAAUGCUUAGGGGCCAUGUAGUCCCAGGGACUGAACCCAGGCUUCCUAAAUGCAAAGCUUGCACUCAGCCCACUGAGUUAUCUCUCUGGGCACUAUUUACUUACAUUUUGCAUAAAAUGUUAUGAUUUUGGCUAUAUAUAUUUAACUUUCACAGUUGGAUUUUCUAUAA